CACAGCAUCGCCUCAACUAACCUGUGGGGAUAAUGUAAGAUGAGCUGAUCAUUCGGGGUAUAGCAAUCUAUUCCCUCGGAUUUUAUUUUGUAUCUAGGUCCGCUCAAGAACGGUCAUUAUGAGUUGAAAUCGUCCUAUUUCCGAAGAGCCGUCGGACUGGUGGAGGUGUAUAUAUAUGUGGCAUCUGCCCUGACUCUUGAUAUAUAUUUCAUUCAUAUACAUCAGGUUCACUUAGACCCAUCAUGUCGGAGUCCAUCGAAACCCAAAGUCGUAUUCUUCCCCUCCUCGCCACGACUGAGACGUGUGCGGGACGUACAUAUAUCGUGACGGGAUCCAAUACUGGUCUGGGAUUCGAAGCAGCCAAGCAUUUGGUCACACUCGGUGCGGCCAAGGUCAUUAUGGCCGUUCGCAACGUGGGUGCCGGUGAGACAGCAAAGGCAGAGAUCGAAAAGGCAACAGACAAGUCGCACGUCGCUGAAGUAUGGGCACUCGACCUAGCGAGCUAUGACUCUGUCAAGGUCUUCGCGAAGAGGGCUGUUGCAGAAUUGGACCGUAUCGAUGCGGUAAUUGAGAACGCAGCCGUUGCAGUUUCCCAGCGAACGAUGGCCGAGGGACAUAUCUUACCCCUCACGGUCAACGUGUUUAGCACGUUUCUGCUUGCGGUGCUUCUGUUGCCUAAGCUGAAGGAAACUGCGCAGCGGUUCAACAUCUUGCCUUGUCUGACGCUCGUCUCGAGCGGAGUUGGUUUCCGGGCUAAAGAAGACUGGUAUAAAAUCAAGGAUGACCCGUUCGUGAAGAUGGAUGAGAACGAGUCCGGUUUGAUGCAAACAUACCCUCUGUCUAAACUCCUAGAGAUCUUUGCAAUCCGCUAUCUCGCAGCCCUGAUCCCCGUAUCUCGCUCAGGGGUGGUCUUGAACACUGUCUGCCCAGGACUCUGUAAGACAGACCUAAGUCGGAACGCAACACCCGAAUUUCGUGAGCAUCUUCAGGCCCAGCUUGACCAGUAUGGGCGGACGGCGGAGGUUGGCAGCCGGACACUCCUUCAUGCGGCCGUCGCGGGCUGGGAGAGCCAUGGAUGUUACCUUUCCUCGUGCAAGAUUGCUGAGGACGUUGUACCGAGCUGGAUAACGGACGAGGAAGGGAAACAGUCACAGCAAUAUGUCUGGGAUUUAAUUGCCAUGGAACUGGAGUCCAUUGAGCCUGGUUAUGUAAAGAGAAUUCUGCAGGAGUUAUGAUCUGUCAAUUGCGUCUGAUUAUCUUGUGGCUGGUCCCUUCUGUAGAAGACUUGGUUGAUGAUUAACUGCCAUUGAGAGAUGUCGGCGCA